AUGUACGGUAUCAUCUUCCUGGGAAAUGGCAUUAUUCUUCACAUCAUCCGAACUGACUCUGCUUUGCAACAACCCAUGUACAUCUUUCUAGCCAUGCUGGCUUUUGUUGAGUUAGGUGUCUCCAUCUCCACUUUGCCCACAGUGCUAGGCAUCUUCCUUCUGGGCAUGACUAAGGUUAGUUUUGAUGGGUGUCUGCUCCAGAUGUUUUCCAUGCACUCUUUCACCCUCAUGGAGUCAGGGGUUCUUCUGGCCAUGUCCAUUGAUCGCUUUGUGGCCAUUUACAGCCCACUCCGCUACACAACCAUCUUGACAAUCCCCCGCAUCACUGGGAUGGGUGCCGCUAUUGCCCUGAGAAGUGUGAUGCUCAUGUUCCCACUGCCCAUUCUCUUGAAGCGUCUGCCGUUCUGUGGCCACAACGUCCUCACGCACUCGUACUGCCUCCACUCAGACUUAAUUAAACUGCCUUGUGGAGACACUCGCCUUAAUAGCAUCCUGGGUCUAUUUGUUAUUACCUUCAUCUCUGGGCCAGACUCACUACUCAUUAUGGUUUCAUAUGCGCUAAUUCUUCACACGGUACUGAGAAUAGCUUCUGGCACAGGGAGGUGGAGGGCACUCAACACAUGUGUGUCACACAUUUGUGCUGUUCUAGUGUACUAUGUGCCCAUGAUCAGCCUCUCCCUGCUACACCGCUUUGGACGACACUUACCCUACUCCUGA